CAUUGGCCGCGCCGGGCUGUGCGCCGAUUGGCUGGCAGCUGAGUCGAAAAAGCCAACGGCGGGCGGAAGUGGGGGUCGGGCAGACAGGAAGCGGAAGUGGGUGCUCCCGCGGCGGCCCCCCCGACCAGGAGGAUGCUUCCACUGUCCUUGCUGAAGACUGCGCAGAACCACCCGAUGCUGGUGGAACUCAAAAAUGGAGAGACGUACAACGGCCACCUGGUGAGCUGUGACAACUGGAUGAACAUCAACCUCCGGGAGGUCAUCUGCACGUCCAGGGAUGGAGACAAGUUCUGGAGGAUGCCCGAGUGCUAUAUCCGGGGCAGCACCAUCAAAUACCUGCGCAUCCCAGACGAGAUCAUCGACAUGGUGAAGGAGGAGGUGGUCUCGAAGGGCAGAGGCCGUGGGGGCAUGCAGCAGCAGAAGCAGCAGAAGGGGCGUGGUGUGGGCGGGACCGGCCGAGGUGUGUUUGGAGGCCGCGGCCGAGGCGGGAUUCCAGGCAGUGGCCGAGGACAACAAGAGAAGAAGCCCGGGAGGCAGGCGGCGAAGCCGUGAGGAGCCGGGUCGUGGCUGUGGGGCUGCUGGACAUCCAGACCCCGUGAGCUCAGGAGAGGCAGAGCGGCUGGCUGCUGUUACCUCGGAGCCCGCCCCUCCCCCCAGGGACCGGGGGCCCCGAACUCUUUAGAUGACUCGGUUUCACUUCCUCUUCCUCGAGACUCAGGAGGAAUGGGCUGGUAGGCUUUGUUCUCCCUUCCCCAAGUAUUUUUUUUCUAAAUACCAAGAUGUCUGCCCUUUAGAAAUUAAUGGGGAGAGAGGAGUGGAAACCCUCCUCCAGGGGUAGGGGUCUGUGUGUGUGUGUGUGUGUGGAGGGUCCCUUUGACAAGAACAGCAACUCACUGGCUCUGUUGGAAACCACGGCGCUGAGCAUGGUCUGCUGUUGUGUUGGUUUGAGCAGCUCCGUUUGGGACCACCCAAAGCGUUUGAACGAACAAACAAUUCUCCUCUUGUGGGGCAGGGAGGGCAGAGUCUGUGUGACCGGAGCAAGGGAACCAGACCCCCAGAAUUUGGCCGCUGGGACUGUGUGCUAGAGGGGUGUGCUGCUUGUUUUUUCUCACUGUCAAGAAGGCAGCCGUAAGAGACUCGGUCUGCCGUGACAUCCUGAUUUAAAAAACAAAUAAAAAGGGACUCUCGUCUGGCCUCCCUACA